CGCCCACCCGAGCCAACGCCUAGAGCCACGUACGCCUUUACUUGUGCCCCCGAAAGCGGAAGUUGCGCAAAUCCUCGCGAGCACUGUGGCGGCGCUGAGCGUGAGUGUGUGGACAUCUAUACCUAUGUAUAUGCGCGCAUCUAUGCUGUGUUCCGCGGCGGCGCGGGGCGGCCCACGGCAUUAGGAGGCGCCGGAAGUGCCCCGUCGAGGGGCGGCGGGAGAGGGCCCACCAAGGCAAGCCAGUCAGAAGAGCCAGGCUCGGCGGCGAGACCGGCACCCGCCGCGCCCGGAGCCGCCGGCCCCGCCGGGCUUCUCUCUUGGGCCAGACAUGGACUUCAGGGAAAUCCUCCUGAUCGCUUCCAAAGGACAAGGCGUCAACCAGGUUCCGAAAAGAUAUAGUUUGGCAGUGGGGCCUCCCAAGAAAGACCCAAAAGUUAAAGGUGUCCAGUCAGCAGCUGUACAAGCUUUUCUUAGGAGGAAAGAAGAGGAGCUUAGACGAAAAGCCUUAGAAGAGAAAAGGAGGAAAGAAGAACUAGUGAAGAAGCGAAUUGAGCUCAAACAUGACAAAAAAGCAAGAGCGAUGGCCAAGAGGACAAAGGACAAUUUUCAUGGUUAUGAUGGAAUUCCUAUUGAGGAAAAGUCAAAGAAGAGGCAGGCAGUGGAAAGCCACCUGAACCAGGGACCUGACCAAGAAUAUGAGGUGGAGGACGAAGAGUUCCUAGACUACAGUCAAGCCGAAUUAGACCAGGAAUUUGAGGAGCAAGAGCCUCCCAAAGUUGAAAGCAAACCAAAGGCCCCCCUUAAAAGUGCCCCACCGCCCAUGAACUUCACUGACCUGCUAAGGCUAGCUGAGAAGAAGCAGUUUGAGCCAGUGGAGAUCAAGGUAGUGAAAAAAGCAGAAGAUCGGCCCAUGACUGCAGAGGAGCUUAGGGAGCGAGAGUUUCUUGAACGAAAGCAUAGGAAAAAGAAACCUGAAACCGAUGCCAGACUACCUCCAGCUGUGUCCAAAAGGGCACCCUCUCAUAAAGACAUGGUGGGCACAAAGCCCAGCAGAGGUGCUGGGGACAGGCAGCUUUCUUCCAAAGGAUCGCCCUUUCCUCAUUCUGAGAAGAAAUCUAGACCCAGCACGGCCAAUGAGAAACAAGUAGCUUUGUCUUCAUCCAAAAAUACACCAGGAGAGAGGACCAAGGCAGGACCUGGCAGUAGCUCCCAACCCUCACUUCGGGAGGGUCACGGCAGACCUGUCUUCAAUGGGGCUGGGAAGCCCCACCCCAGCACCUGUUCACCCAGUGUCCCAAAGACUUCUGCUAGCGGGACUCAGAAAUCUGCUUCUGAGCACAAAGCCAAAAAAUCUCUUCCUUCUCAUCCUAGCCAUUCCAAGCUUGGGCCCACGGGUCUCUCCCACAACAAAGCUAAGAGUCCAGGUGUCCGACAGCCAGGCAGCAACUCCGGCUCAGCUCCUGGGCGACCUAGCCCAGGGACAGCUCGACCCACAGUUAGUUCUGGCCCUGUGCCCAGGCGCCAGGAUGGCAGCUCCAGCUCAGGCCCUGAGCAAUCAGUCAGUGGGGUCAGAAAGCUGGCGAGCAGCUCUCAUCCCUCUGGACGAACAGUCAAUGGCACAAAUGGUCCCGGACGACCUGUGAGCACCUCAGGUGGCCCUGGGCGACCCACCACUGGUUCUGCUGGUUCUGGGAGACCUAUGGGCAGUUCUGGAGGCCCUGGGCGGCCUGUAAAUAGUCCACAUGACCUUCGGCGACCAUUGAACAGCCUAGGACCCCCUGGGCGGUCGUCAGUCAGUGGCCCUGGGAAAGCCAUAAGUGGUUCUGUUCCAGCUGGACGAGCUGCCAGUUCAGGCCCUGGAAGACCGGUGAGCAGCUUAGGACCUGGAAGACCAGUUAGUAGCUCAGGCCUCCCCACAAAGCCCAAGUGCACUGUUGUCUCAGAAACAAUUUCUUCAAAGAAUAUUAUUAGUCGGUCAAGCAAUGGACCGAUAAAUGGAAUGAAGCCUCUCCUGUCUGGCUACAGAACUGCCCAAGGUCCUCACAGGCUUCCUUUCCCCACUGGCUACAAACGGCCUCGAGAGUAUGAAGAUGAUGAUGACGACGAUGAAUAUGACUCAGAAAUGGAUGAUUUCAUCGAAGAUGAAGGAGAACCUCAGGAAGAAAUAUCCAAGCACAUUCGAGAAAUAUUUGGCUAUGACCGAAAAAAAUACAAAGAUGAAAGUGACUAUGCCUUACGUUACAUGGAGAGCAGCUGGAAGGAGCAGCAGAAGGAAGAAGCCAAGAGUUUAAGGCUAGGUAUGCAAGAGGACUUAGAGGAAAUGCGACGUGAAGAGGAAGAAAUGAAGCGUCGUAAGGCCAAGAAGCUGAAGCGACAUUAGCUGCUGCUGAGUUUGUGAAUUCUGGGACAGCGCUGCAAGGAUGUCCUGCCUUCAGGCUGAACAGGCCCCUUACCAGUCCAGAUUGAUAGUGGCCACUCGAGGAAGGCAUGCAUACUGUCGUUUGCAGGCUAUCGUUUGAGUGUCCACUGUUUUCAAAUAGUCCAGGGUGGGAUCUGCAGUGCAGAUGCUACCGACAAUGCUGGCCGUGUGCUCUGUGGAAGCUAACUGUUCGCAGGGGCUGGCCUUGAUUCUCAUGAGCUAUGCACGCUAAUGUGGGACCACUCACCAGCCAGCUGCUCUGUAACUGUUCCUUUGCUACUUUAAAAGGAGACAAUUGAUGUGUGAGUAGGGUACUACCCAGAUCCCAGUCAGACUAGUCCUUAUGAAGGGCAUGGCCCUUCUGUGAAUGCUGCCAGCAAUAAAGUGACCUGUCCUAGUCUAUGUUUGAGUUGAAAACCCAGGAAAGAGUAGGCUUUAUACAUGGAUCUCAUCCUUACGACUUUGACGUACAAAAUAGAACGAAUUAUAUUGUAUUCAGCAUUAUCUAUGAAUUGGAUGCUAAGCAUUCUUAAUUUAUAGUAGGUAAUAAAAUUUUUUAAAGUUAAAAUACAAAUUUUGCCAGAACAAGAAUAUUCUUUUCCAGUUUUCCUUUCAGGCUUCCUGUCACGUUGACUUUAGUAUGAAGUAGAUAAGGGCCCUUGCUGUUGUGUUGUUUUUGUUGUUGCUGUUGUUUAAUUCCUUUUUAUAUUAAAGAAAGAUGGUUAUCCAGAUACUAGAUUUGAAAGAUUAAUAGUUUAAAAAUCAACAAGAAGCAACAUGUGUUGUGGCCACCUCUGCUUUAUUCUCCCCAUUAAAAAGCUUUUUAGGACCCUAGGGUGACCCUGUACCUGUUAAUAACAUUGCAUUUUUAGCUUAAAUCCCUUAGAAAAUGUUAAUGACCAAAAAACCAAAAACUAAAUAUUUAGCGUAUCAAGAGUACCACCUUCUCUUUUGUCCAUAUUGCACUUUCAUUUCGAACUAUGCACUGUGACGAGAUACUUUUUCCUGUUGUUGUUUUACUGAGCUGUGAAACCUUAAGAUCUAUCCUGCUUCAAGUCAGACCUGCAGACUUUCUAGUCCAUCCAUGCUAAACGAUGGUCUGGCUGGAAGGAAGCCAUGUCUCAAGAAGUCAGCAACAGAAAAUGAAGUAGUAUGCUAGAGACUCAAGUGUGGAGGGUUGGAAUAGCCAGAGUUCAGUUCGUGGGACAAUUCCACAGUGAAGCUGGCUGUCAUAAGCUGUUAAGCCAUGAGGGGUAGGAGCUGAUAGAGGGUGUCCUAUAAGGAACUCUUAUUUUUCAACAGGUCCAGAUUUUUUAUGUAUUUUGUCCAUGGUGUCUUCAUUAUUUAAGCUUGAGUAUUAUGGGUGACCAUUUUUAGCCUAUGUGGGACCAUUUGACCCAUACCUUAAAGCUAACUCAUUGUGAGCUGAGUUUCAGACUUUGAAAGUGCAAAGAUUUGAUUUGAUUUUAGAGGGUAUAACACUCUCACUCUCCAUGUAGAUCUUUACACACUGGUAGCAGAAAGCCUUCUUUUUUCCUGUCCCACCACUUAUGUAAAGGGUUAGACAUUCCCCGUGGUAAAGUGGGUGUGGAACAUGAUUUUACUGCCAUCACGUGUUUCCCCGUCCUUCAUGAUUUUUCUUGGAUAACCUUUUUUUAAUACUCAUACUCUGGAAUCUGUUAUUGCAGUCAAGGUUUCUGGUGGCUGGAAGUUUACUGUAUGCAAUUACAGGGUACAGCUGUUUGCACAGAAAGGAGCCAUUGUGCUGGAAUAAAGUUUUAGACUUCGGUAGAGUCAGGCUGUAAUGUUUGUCAUGUCUGAAUGCAUUUCUGUAACAGGUGUGCGUCAGCUUCUACACCAGUAUGCUUGUGUGGCUUGUUGAAAACACGGGAAAGAAAGAUUGUAAGUCCAAACCAUGUCUUCCCUUUUGCUCUUCUGUAUUCCCUGGCCACUUAGAAAAAGCUCACAAGCCUUUGAAGAAAGAGGAGCAGGCUAUUUGUUUCAGGGUUUACAAAUUAAGUGCUUGAUUUUUAAUGUAUUCUCUCUACUGUUUUGAUUUUCGGAUUUUGAUUCAAUAUUUGAAGAUGUGCCUUUUAUUGGGUAAUGUUAAUUCUCGAAUGUGGUGGUGUUGUCUCACAGACGUAAUGCUACAUGAUCGUGGGUGUGGCAUUCUCUAACAAAUUAUGUGACAAGAAAGUAGUUUUCAUAAAACUCAUGGCUCUGAUUGCACAGUCCCACUUGCUAAAGCAAAGGGCACCUUCUUUUAAAGCUACUUCAGAACUGGUCUUUGUAUUUUCUCUAAGCGAUGUAUGCAGUCAUGUCUGUGUAGAGGCAGGGAACCACCUGUCACAGGCAGCCCCACAUGUGUGCCAUGAGAAAGUCCAAAGACUGUAACAAAGUCUACGGAACUCAAAAUUUCGUUUUUGUAAUAUUAACCCCUAAGAUUUCCUCCAAGAAAUGAAUUAUUUUGUAUUUUAUAACUUAAAAGCAGCUAGUAGUACAUUUCUGAGAUAUAGCAGGAGACCAAAACAUUUUUGGAAAGAGAAUGACUAUAUAAAGAGAGACUGGUUGUUUUAUUUUCAGUGUGCUGAUUAGACUAUUUAUUUUGUGAGUGGAUGUGAUAAAAUACAUAUUCAGGUGUUUAGUGUAUAAUUAAGAGUGGAAUAUAGAUUUCUUUGGAGUUACUAAAUCCAUGAUGUCUUUUACAUAAUGGACAAAUCAAAUGUAAAAGAAGAAAACUUUGACAUAGCUUAGCUUGUUUUCUGGUGCUGUUGACCUGCAGAAGAAUAUACUUUUGCAUAUACAGGUGAAUGUUUUGCAAUUUAUGUACACAAGAAAUUGUAGGCAUUAAAAUAUUUUAUUGAUA